UGUGAAUCGGACAUUCCGCUCUGAACUUUAAGAUACCGAUGUGAAUCGGACAUACGCUCUGAACUUUAAGAUACUGAUGUGAAUCGGACAUACUGCUAUGAACUUUAAGAUACCAAUGUGAAUCGGACAUACCCCUCUUAACUUAAAGAUAUUGAUGUGAAUCGGACAUACCGCUCUGAACUUAAAAAUACUGAUGUGAAUCGGACAUACUGCUCUAAACUGAAAAGUCACUUAAAACCAGGUCAACAGUCCCUUUAAAUAAUUUAUUAUAGAUGAACCGAGUGAGACGAAAUUCUCUGGUACCAAUGGGACAAUUUAGGUCAAGUAUAAGGAGAUUCUCAACACGAUACAAGAGAAGACCUGCGGAUAGAACAAGAACUGCACGUGGUUUGCUGGACACCCAGGAUGGAAGUGGUCAUCGAGUGAGACAUGGUUCAGAUCCUAGAUUCAGACCCACUGUUCAUAGAUCCGACUACUCUUGUAAACUGGAGUCCUCUCACAGGCUGGACCUCCCUCACAAUCUCAGACUGGACUCCGAGCGCGAAGUCCACUUUGAGGCCCACAGAAACAGUCAAAUUCUCAACGUUGACUGGGAAAACAGUAUUGGAGGACAAUAUGGAAGAACGAUGGGACCGUAUUUGAACAGAAAAGGUGUUAGAAGUCUAGAGAUGGAUGACAGCUUUUAUAAUGUCAUGAAUUUGACACAUCGGAAAGAUUUUAACAGCUGUAAUUUUCUAGAUUUCGAUCCUAAUCCUGAAGAUAUUGCGAAACAAAAAUCUAUCCUAGAUCCCGUUGAACUUGUUGAAACAGAAGUUAAAGUGAUUCCUUGCCUUUUGGAACAAAAAGUUGAGGCAUCACUAGAAAUAGAUUUGAAAUCAUAUUUUCCCAAAGAUCCUUGCUUGGAGUCAGACUUAUACAAAAUUCCCAAAUCAAUAAGUCAGCUGAGGUUAGAAUUUUACGAAGUUGACAAAUUUCUAGAAAAAUUACCUAUGCUAGAUAAAAAAUCAGAAAUUCAGAUAUUUAAUACUGGAGGUAAAGCAUCAGAUGUGGCUAAAAAUGUUAAAAGUCAUAAUGCCACAUUAAUGCCGAGACUAGAAAAUGUGGAAAAUGUUGAUAGUAUAGAAAAGCAUACUCAGUCAUUUGAAACCCUUAAAACUUCCACCAAUAAUAGGAUGACAGACUUUGGACAUUUUACAAGGUUACAAGAAUCCAGAAAUACAGAUGACCUGUUACCAAAAAUCGAAAAAAUCAAUGCAACGUUGCCAGAAUCUAAAACAGAAGAGGUAAGGUUACCAAAAUUAAAAAAUAUAGAUGAAAUGUUACCAGAAUCUAAAAAUAGAGACAUCUUGUUAACAAAAUUAGAAAAUAUAGACGAACUUGUUACCAAGGCCCAGAAAUAGAGAAUCAAACUAGAGACGCACUGUUACUGCAAUCUAAAACUAAAGAUGAAUUGUUACUGUAACCGUCUGGUUUCCAUAGUUCGAAAAUAGAAAUCCUAUGUUCUCAGAAUCCAGAAAUACAAGCGUUCUGUCACAAGAUUCCAAAACUAUGGAUGCAUUGUUCCCAGAAUCCAGAAAUACAAGCGUUCUGUCACGAAAUUCCAAAACUAAGGAUGCAUUGUUCCCAGAAUCCAGAAAUACAAGCGUUUUGUCACAAGAUUCCAAAACUAUGGAUGCAUUGUUCCCAGAAUCCAGAAAUACAAGCGUUCUGUCACAAAA